AUGCGCUUCCUGCAGUCCACCGUCGAUGCCGUCUAUACAAACGUGAGUGCUACAGUAAUCCUCAAAAAGUACCGUACCGCGUACAUGUCCAGGUGAAACUUCAAUGCGUGGGCGCCGAAGAUGUGUAUGGAACGCUUCAAACCGAGCUGACGUUCAACAGCAAAGAAGGCGGCAGCACUUUCCUGCCGGCCUACACGGACUUGUGCUCUGACAGUCAGUUUUGAGCUCGCCGUACCCCACCCCGAAAUUCUUACUGUAGGCACAAAGUUCGACGAUGCUCAGCGCGUGUACUUCUGCAAGAACUGCCUGCUCAACUGUCCGUCGUUGGUCGAGCAGGCGCCCAAAAAUAUUCUGAUUGUGGCUGACGUGAAGGCGCCCAAUUCACGGGUAAUUGCAUUUUCCCGGAAACCCGCGCGAGCAGGUGCCUUUUCAGGUUUCGUGGUUUCACGUACAGACGCCGGUGAGCAGCAUUCGCGAGACUGGAAAACAGUGCAACGUCGAGAAUCAGAAUCCGGUACGUCCGUCUCCUUUUUCUUAGAACUCGUCACAACUUUCGACUUGCUUUGCAGGCCUCCUCCUCGAACAUGGAAGAGACGUCGACGGACGCGUUGCGAUCCUUCUCGAAGACCUCCGUGCUCUUCGUCUCCAUCUCGUUCAUCAUCCUGAUGGUCAUUUCGCUGGCGUGGCUCGUCUUCUAUUAUGUGCAGAGAUUCCGAUACGCGCACGCCAAAGAUCGACUUCAGAGAAGGUGUGUUGUUGGUCAUUUUGAUUACAGCUGUCAUGGGCUUUUCCGGGAAACACAUUUGAUGUUAGACUGGUGGUGUUUUUGGUCUUGCCCCAACUUCCUCAUUCUUCCAGACUGUUCAACGCGGCCCGCAAGGCUCUCACUCGGAUCCCGACGAUGGUGAUCGCUCCGGGAAUGCACCAUGAGCUGCAGUCGGACUGCGCCGUCUGUCUCGACCCCUACCAACUUCAGGACGUCGUCAGAUUACUGCCCUGCAAGCACAUCUACCACAAAUCGUGCAUAGACCCCUGGUUGCUCGAGCAUCGAACGUGUCCAAUGUGCAAAAAUGAUAUAUUGAAACAUUUUGGGUAUUGAAAAGAAAUAUAAAGAUGCGCAAUGAUCUAGAACCAUCAAAACUGCAGAGGUAUCAACGAGGACUUCACGUUACGGCUCGAGCUCGGCGAGCGGGACGACGAACAUCAUCACCGCCACCACCAUCACCACCAUCACCGCACCGCCAUGGUGUCCGCUGACGACGUCGUGUCUCCCGAAGCCAACUCGGAGUCCUCCGACUCCCAGGGAUUCUCUUUCGACCACUCGGAGCACACCGAGAACUUCAGCUUCUCGACGCCAGCCGUCGCGCCUCAAUUAGUCCUGAAUGCGUCGAACGCAAAGUCGUUUGUGAUGCCGAUGUCGACGCGCAGCUCAAUGGGUUCGGAGUCGAGGGUGAUGGAGCCGCGGCCGCAAACGAGCCAGCCAACGAGCAACUUCCGAUCGGCCAGAACGAAUCGGGAUCAUCGAGGCAGUUUGAGCGAUCUGGCGGCGGGAAGUGUUGCGGUCCCGCCGGGACAGAGAACGAAGACGGUCGGAGCCACGACGCCCGGAGGAUCGCCGGGCCAGAUUGUGAAUUUGGUGCAGGUAAGAGAAAUCGAAAGCAGUUAUCUUUUAAGAAUCCUAUAGUGUUCACAAAAGAAAGGAGCUAAGAAUGGCAUCCAAAUACCAUUUAUUCAAAUCAAUGUAUCUUAGCUAUCACGGUCUCCAGAGCUGACAAUAUGGGCGUGGCCUCGGCGGCCAAAUGGCGUUUUCAUGAAUUGAGCAGGUUUUCUCUGAUUUUUGUGGUCAAAGGCGAUGAAAAAUCAUUGUUCGACAUGAAAACACACUAAUUCUCGAGAAUUAAUGACGUUUUGGCGCAUUUUUCGCGGACUUUGCUUUUUCGCCUUCGCCGCCGAUCGCCGCCUAAAAACCGCACUUCUCAUUUUGCGCUUUCUGGACCGUUUUCAGACAGAAUUGGUAUUGAGAAUGAUAAAUCACGUAAAUACAAUCAUUUUGAGCGCUCGAACCGCGAAAACUACCGAAAAGCAACUGAAAUUCACGCAGUUUUAGCCAAAAACCUUCAAACGGAUAAAUGUGUUUUGCAAGUUGACCAAAUUUAACGCUCUUGCGCUUAAAAAAUUUGUAAUAGCCUAUACAAUCGGUCUGUCGAGAGACAAAUGAGAAAUUAUCGGUUUUUCGUGGCUAAUCUGGCAAAAAACACAAAUUUUUCGGUUAAAAUUUGAAUUUCGCGCCAAUGUAUCGCUCUAUUGGGCGGGCGCCGCACUUGCGCCCAUUGUCAGCUCUGGAGACCGUGCCAUGCAGAUUGUGUCCGAAUAGUAAUUGCCCAUUUUCCAUUCUUUUCGGCCCUACAAUACUCUAUCGUUCCAGGUCAAAUCCCGUUCUGCGUCGAUCACGCGCGCAGCUACGAUCCGGAAGGAGAGCCUGCCCACUCCGAUCGAGAUUACCACCUCGGCACUGAUCCCGCCGCCCACGUCAUCCAUCACUUCCACGAGUUCCAAUUCAAAUGCAACCAACAGCCAAGUAGUCUGA